AUGGAAGAAUUCAAAAAUAAGGACGAUCAAACCGUCGCAAGCAAUCACUUCGAACUGUCCAACCGCGACUCCGACAGCGAACUUCAAAAUGUUGCAAACGAAAAACAGCUACAUGGCUUCAUGGCCACAACGGACACCGUCCCCCCAGGGUAUUAUCGCAGUACCUACUUCCUUGGCAGUCUCUUUGCCAUCGGUAUGGGCUUGGGAGCAGGUGUCGCCGGCUUUGGCUUGGCCGCACCCAUUCUGAGCGUCAUCGACGCUGACAUCGGACCAAGUCCCUACUUGACCUGGGUCUCGAUUGCCUACACUCUGUGCACUGCCGUCGGUUCUACCCUGAUCGGUAGGCUCUCGGAUAUAUUCGGUCGUCGAUACUACUUCAUUGGAGGCACUGUCUUGGCUCUCCUCGGUAGCAUCGUGUCCGCCACAGCUCAGUCCAUCAACACACUCAUUGGCGGUACAAUAUUGAUUGGACUGGGUGCCUGUACCCAAAUCAAUUUCUGCUACAUCACGGCAGAGCUGGUACCCAUGGGCGCACGCUUCUGGGUGGUCUCAAUGCUCUACUUCUUCUGCGUUCCUGGCUCAGGAUUUGGCCCCGCCAUUGCCGAGGCGUUUGUCACGCGCUACCCCGGUGUCAGCUGGAGGGGUUGUUACUACCUCCUCAUCUGCAUGAACGCCGUCGCCUUGCUUUGCUGGAUCUUAUUCUACUGGCCACCAGAAUUUUCUAACAAACAUGCCGGAAAGCGCAGAAUCGAUUUUGUCAAAGAGCUUGACUAUGUGGGGAUUUUGCUCUACACAGCUGGCCUCACGUUGUUCCUCAUGGGCUUGUCGAUGGGAGGAGACGCUGUUUUCCCCUGGAAAUCUCGUCAGACCCUGUCGACUCUUCUUGUUGGAGCCGCAUGCCUGAUUGCGCUGGGCUUCUGGGUCUGGCUCGCGAAGCCAAAACAACCACUUAUUCCGAAGCAUCUUUUGACGAACCGAGCAUACGUGGCCGCCUCAAUUUCCAUCGGUAUCGGGUCAGCAUCAUACUACGCGUUCGCCAUUGUGUGGCCAAUGAUGGUCUCGGUCCUUUACAACCACGGAGAUCCCAUGUACGGUGGCUACCUCUCGUGCAUCGUUGGCUCCUGCACACUCUUGGGGCAGAUUUGUGGCGGUAUCUUGGCCAGGCCGAUUGGCAAGGUUAAGUAUCAGAUGACAGUCUGCUUCUUCUGCGGCGGUGUAUUGCUUGCAUCCAUGGCAACCUGCACGCCAGAAACAAAGAACCGCGCAAUAGCUCUGCUGAUUUCGGCUUGCUUCUUCUUUGGAUGGACAGAAUCGGUUGUCCAAACACUGGUGACAAUUUCAAUUCACGACCAACAGGAGAUUGGCACCGCCGGAGGUAUCGCUGCCUCGAUGCGCUCUGCCAUUGCCACCUCCACUGCUACGAUCUACACCGUUACCCUCAGCUCGCGUUCUCGCACGACAAUCGGGACACGAGUACCCAGCGCCGCGAUUGCAGCAGGACUCCCAGCCUCGUCUGUACCAGCCCUUAUGGAAGCAUUCGCCAGUGGGAGCAAGCAAGCAUUUGCUCAAGUACCCGGACUUACGUCGGCCAUCUUGGCUACAGCAACGACGGCAUACAAGAAUGCAAGUGCAAGUGCGUACAGCACCGUUUUUCUUGCUACCAUUUCAUUCAGCGCCCUUGGAUUGCUUCUGAGCUUCCUUCUGAUCAAUGUUGACGACCGCAUGACCAACGAGAUUACCACGACAUUGGGCCACAAGAAGGGUGAACUUGUACCCAUCAUCGACACGCGCAAAGAAUUGCCGGAGGUAGAUGAGAAAUAG